CUUCACUAACACCUUCAUCCCUCCGCUCUCCCCCGCUCCGGGCGGGUUUUAUUUGGAAAGGCUUCCUCUUAUCGCUGGAUUCCUUUACUCUUUAUCUUGGCCUGAUUUCUAUCUUUUCAUCGCCGAUAUGUUCUACUCGGAGACGCUUCUGUCGAAGACCGGGCCGCUGGCCCGCGUUUGGCUGUCCGCUAACUUAGAACGCAAGCUUUCCAAGUCGCAUAUUCUGCAGUCCGACAUCGAAAGUAGUGUUAGCGCUAUUGUUGAUCAAGGCCAGGCGCCUAUGGCCCUGCGACUGAGUGGUCAGCUGCUUUUGGGAGUGGUCCGCAUCUAUAGCCGCAAAGCGCGCUAUCUUUUGGAUGACUGCAAUGAGGCUCUUAUGAAGAUCAAAAUGGCUUUUCGCCUAACGAACAACAACGACUUGACGACCACGGUCGUUGCCCCCGGUGGCAUCACAUUGCCUGAUGUACUCACUGAAUCCGACCUCUUCAUGAACCUGGACUCAGCCCUUCUCAUACCGCAGUCGCUCAACUUGGAACCUGAAGGCAAGCGACCCGGCUCUAUAGAUUUUGGUAGUCAACUCCUCCCUGAUACUGGCUUGCGGCGCUCGGCCUCCCAGGAACCAGCGCGCCUCGAGGACCACACUUUGGUUGAUCUGGACUUGGGAGAAGACGAAACACCAUUGGGUCACGACUUCAGUAUGGAAGUUGGUCGAGAUGCUCCCGCCCCACGUCCAGUUGAAGAAGAUCUUUUUAGUGACGGAGGGAAAUUCAAUGAUGUCGACAAUUUGCAAUUGGACCUUGACCUUGGCGAAGACGAUGCGCCCUUGGACAAAAUGGAUCUCGGCGAUGACGGUUUUCACGACAAUCUCAUGCAGUUGGACGAUCCUAUGGACUUUGGAGGCGCCGAAGAAGCUGUCCCCGAUGCCGAUGAGAGAUUUGAACGUGAAAGCACUGUUCUGACCGAUAUGUCGGAGGAACAAGUAAAUCGGCUUCUGGAUUCGGACGAAGAGGCAGCAGCGCACGAAGACAGAGAUGAAGAAGACGGGGAAGAGACAAUUGCUCAACACGAACAACGAGCCAAGCGGCGGAAGGUGUUCGUCAUGGGUCUUGACGAAGACGCCGAUUAUCCCCAGAGCCAAAUGAAAGACCGGGGUAAGGACUGCGCACAUAUCAUGAAACCCUCCUCUUGGCUACCCCGCGACCCUGUGCUCUUGACCCUGAUGAAUAUGCAAAAGAACGGUGAUUUCGUGUCAAGCGUGCUCGGUGGUGAUCGCGGACGUGGCUGGGCUCCUGAACUCAGGGGCCUGCUUUCGUUCGACACGGUUCAGAAGGCUGGUGAAUUGAAGCGAAAGCGUGACAGUGGAAUUGCGGACAUGGACGUGGAGGCGGCCACCGCUCCCGCCUUGGAGCUCGGCGAAGAAGAAACCAUUCUGCCGAUUGAUGAAGGCGUGGGAAUGGAUUCUACACUCCAUCAGCGCUCGGACAUUGAAUUUCCAGGUGACGAGGAAGACCACCACGGUCUGCACUUGAGCGAAGACGAGGGAUUGGAUCAUACUUUGGAAGAAACCGAUGAUAUGAUCGUUCAAGAUAGUGGUCCCGUCUCGCUGGGCACGAAGCACGCUGUUCACAUUCUCCGUGAACGCCUUGGAGAAUCAGCCGAGGCACAGAAGAAAAGCGUCAAGUUCCAGGAAAUCUUACCGGAAAAGAAGGCCUCGAAGGCCGAUGCGACCAAGAUGUUCUUUGAGGUCCUCGUUUUGGCGACCAAGGAUGCUGUUCAGGUUGAGCAACGCCCCGAGGUUGUUGGUGGCCCCCUCAAGAUCCGCGGUAAGCGGGCUCUCUGGGGCUCGUGGGCCGAGGAGGGUGCCAGCGAGGAGUCGGCUUCUCAGGUCACACCGGCUACCGCUUAAAUCAUGAGAUGACUUUUUUUUCUCUGUGUGUUCAUGUAUAUCCUUGACUUCAGGCUGAAUGAGAGAGUGAGUUCAUGGGGGUGGAAUAGGUGAAUUGUGUACGUGAUGCCCUUGGAGACUGGUUGUGUAUCGUUGCUUAUGUCAUUGUGGAAUCGAUUGGCGUUUUGGAGGUUCAUUAUCUGUCUGCUUGGGAUCGAAAAGGUGGGCUAUCAAAUGGCUUUUGCCAAAGAGCAGG